AUGUGUCGAUGGUUCGCGUAUCUCUCCAAGUCGGAACCCUGUCUCUUGGAGGACGUACUCAUUGUCCCUGCCCAUUCUUUGGCGAAGCAGGUGCACGACCACUAUUUGCCCAUGCUGGCUUACUACGAACCCGACUCUAAUGCGCGCGACACGGACAAGGAGAUUAAACUCCGCAACAGUUUGUAUAAUUUGGAUGGGCUUGGAAUGGCUUGGUACACAACAUCUCGGGCAGAAUUCGGGGAAUGCGAUGGACCACACCCGGCUGUGUACAAAGUCCUCCGCCAGCCGAUGAAUGAUCCGGCAUUCCUGUCUGUUUGCGCCAACACCUCCACACUAGCCGUCUUCGCACACAUCCGCGCCGCCAGCGGCGGCACUGCCAUCACAGAGUACAACAACCAUCCCUUUCAAUUCGGAAGGUGGUUGUUCAUGCAUAACGGUGUCAUCGCGCACUUCAGCACGAUCAAACGGCAGCUCAUCGCGGAGAUAUCAGACGAGGCUCUGCAGCUGGUGCGGGGUACGACGGACUCGGAGCAUCUCGCUGCCCUGUUCUUCACGUACCUUGAAGAGAAGAAAGGUGCAACCGCAUGGGGAACGAGUCACACGCUGGAGGAUGUCAAGCACACGCUGGAGAAGGCAAUCUCCAAAGUGCUUGAGAUCCAGAAGCAGGUGGUAGCGCAGCCGGACGCGUCGAGCUUAAACAUCGCUAUCACCGACGGUACACAGCUGCUCUGCAUCCGAUUCCGAAACCAUCCCACGGAACAUCCCCCAUCCCUUUACUUCUCCACGCAGGCAGGUGUAGCCCUCAAUCGGAAAUACCCUGGGCACCCCGACAUGGAGUGGACACAUAACUCGCAGACAUUGAAGGACGAUCACGAGCACGGAGAGCAUAUCAUCGUCGCUAGUGAACCUACUACUUUCAAGAAGCAGGACUGGGAACUGUUGAAGAAGAACGAGUGCAUCAUGGUGGACCCGAACAUGGUAUUGACACGGUCAUCGGUCGAAAUAGCAUACUGA